AAACAAAUAAGUAUUUUUCUUAUUUCUUAAAACUAAAUAAUAAAUAAAUAACUAGCUAGAGAAUGAAUACACUUAAAACAUUUUUAUUUACAAUUACAGGCUUUUUUUCAACUGCCUCAGCAAAAAAAAAUUUCAUCUAAGUAAAAGAUGAAGCAAAUUAUUCAUAUUUUUAAUCCAGUGUCAAUGAUCUACUAACAUAUGAUAUAAUGAGCCUGACUUAAUAUAAAAAACAUUUGUAUUAAAAAUUUAUAGAUGCUUUGACUGAAUAAGAUAAAAUGCAAGUAAUUUCCUAUUAUCGAAUCAAUAAAGAUGCAAAAUUUGAGAAUGAAUAUGAAAACCUUUAAUAAUAAAUGUCAAUCCAUGAUACACAAACAAGCUAUUCAUAUCUACCAAAUAAAUCAAAGAAGUAAUGGCAUGUCAAUUUUGCAGAUCAGCAUCUUUUUGGAUUUUAUAAUACUAAUUUAUUUGCUUAGGAUGAAAUUUAAUGUGCUGAGCAUCCUCUUUUAUCUCAUGUCCGAUCAGCAGCUCAAUACCUAGGAAAUAGAGUAGCUCCUUUAACUAUAGAAAACGGUCCAACUCCAAUUUUAAUUAAAGAUGUCCACAGACUAGGUUUUGUAAACAUAAUGCCCACAAAGGAAAAUAGAAAUGGUAUUUAUGGUAAUAACUUUGCCAAAGCAAGUUUGGACUAUAUAGAUAGAAUGAGCUAGUAAAUCAUAAAUGAUAAGCCUUUAACUAAUUUUAUAGCUAUGGCUGCUCUUGGUUAUGGAUCAGGCACUUACCAAACUUAUGAAAUUGAAUUCUUAUUUUAAACAGCUAAAAACUCAUUUAGUUUAGCAAAAGAACUGAGUGGAGAUAUGGAAGUAGAACUUCAUACAGGAAAUUGGGGAUGUGGUGCUUUUGGAAAUAAUAGAUAAUUAAUAGCUAGUAUAUAGCUAUUUGCAGCACAUUUAAGUGGUAUUGAAAAUAUUGUCUAUCAUACUUUUGAUGAGCAAGGAAAAAAAGGUUUUGAGUAGGGCAAGAAGAUCUAUGAAAAUUUUUUAAGAGACAUAAAAAUAAAUAAUUGUGAAUCGCCUAACUUUUAAUUAGAUUAAUAAUUCAUAAUGUAUUUGAGUAAAUAAAAUUUUCAAUGGGGAUAUUCUGAUGGAAACUGAGACAAAUUUAAAAUAAAAUUUAUUAAAAAUUUUUUGAAUUUAAAAUAAUUUUAACAAUAUAUAUUUUCUAAUAAUUAAAAAAAUUUUUAAAGUAUCACUAAUUAAUGUAAGAUAUAAUAAAUGCCUAAAUUUUAAAAACAAUUUUUAUUAUGUAAAAAAAAUAAUUUAUUUUUUAAUAAAUUUAACUAUUGAAGGCUGGUAUAAUAAAUUAUGUAAAAAGCUAAAAAACACUAACCAGACCAGAUGACAUUUUCCUUCACCUUUAAAUAGAAUAUAAUAAUCAAUUAAAAGUAUGUUGGUGUUCUUUAUAAAAAUAUUUCAAAAAAUAAA